AGCCGCUGCUGUGUGCUGGCGGUUUGGAGCCGCUGCCGUCUCUCCCAAUCAUUCCUCCUUCAAUGACUUGAACCGACGGACUUCUCCACUCACCUCUUCCUCUAAUAAAUGCUGUUCAUGUGAAGAACCAGGAAACAGGAUCCUCUCUCUGACCGACUCAACUUGAAGCCUGCAUAUAUUUGUCGAGACAGACAUUACAGCCAGGAGGAAGGACAACAGAGCUGAACAAACAAAGGAGUGAGUGGGAGCAUCAUGUGGAGGAAGGCUUCAGCGGCGGCCCUGCUGGCGUUAGCUGUUGGCUAUUUCUACCAUGGCGGCCCAGUCCUGCCAGAGCAGAUCCUGCAGUACAUCAGCCUGCCAAACUUUCAGACAUCAUCUCAAAACAGCCACAACAGCCUGGAGCAGGUGAUCUCCGCCGCCUGGGAGACUCUGAUCAUUCUGCCGACUCGACAGUGGAGCAAAGUGGCAGUAGGGGUGAAUGCCUGUGUGGAUGUGGUGGUCUCAGGAGUGGGCCUGCUGCAGGCUCUGGCUGUGGAUCCUGGCUCCGGCCUGGAUCAUGAAGUGUUGCACUCUAAAGAGGACUUGAAGGAGGCCUUCAUCCAUUACAUGGAGCGUGGAGCAGCUGCUGAGCGCUUCUUCAGCGACAGCGAGGCCUUUCAGAGGAUCGCACGUGCCGCAGCAGAGUACCCCGGUGCGAAGCUGUACGUGGGAGGGAACGCUGCUCUUAUUGGUCAGAGGCUCGCCACCUACCCUGAUCUGAUGGUUUUAUUAUGCGGGCCAGUUGGUCCUAAACUCCACGAGAUGCUGGACGAGCAGAUAGUCGUUCCCCCAGAGUCUCUGCAGGAGACGGAUGAAUAUCACCUCAUCCUGGAGUAUAAAGCAGGUGAGCAGUGGGGAUCAUCUCAGGCACCUCAAGCCAACCGUUUCAUCUUCUCCCACGACGUGUCCAACGGGGAGAUGAGCUCACUGGAGACAUUCGUGGCGAGUCUGGACGAGUUUGAGCCCGACCUGGUCGUCCUGUCGGGGCUCCACAUGAUGGAGGGUCAGGGCAGAGAGCUGUGGGAGGAGCGACUCAAAGAGGCAGUGUUAGCCAUAUCUGAAAUCCGUAAAGAUAUUCCCAUCCACCUGGAGCUGGCGAGCAUGACGGACAAAGACUACAUGAACAGCAUCAUGCAGGAGCAGGUUAUGCCCAUUGUGAGCUCUAUCGGGCUCAACGAGCAGGAGCUGCUCUUCCUCUCUCAGGCCGGCGAGGGGCCUCACGCAGACAUGGAUUCCUGGAAAGGCAUUCCAGACGUGGGUCAAGUCAGCGACAUCCUCUUCUGGAUCCUGGAGCAGCACGGCCGCAGCGAGCCAUUGUCCGAAUCGGAUCUGACUCGCAUCCACUUCCACACACUUGCCUACCACAUCCUGGUCACGGUGGAUGGAUACUGGGGGAACCAGGCGGCAGCAGUGAUGGCGGGGGCGCGAGUUGCCAGCAGUCAGGCCUGCGGGCUCCAGGCGGUUGACGUUAGCAAAGUGCAGCUCAAAGCCCCGCUGGAGUUUUACAGCUCACACACUGAGCCGCGAGAGAAGCUGUCCCUGAACCCGACAGAGCCUGUCACCGUGUGGCACAGAGGAAACAUCACCUUCCACAUGACAGCCGUGCUGGUCUGCAAACAGCCGUUACGGACAGUAGGGCUCGGGGACGCCAUCUCAGCAGAGGGGCUAAUGUACUCAGAGUUAAAGACCCAGCAGCCCUUCUGAGGUUUGCUUCAAUCUGACACUCGGAUGGGAAAUGCUGAGAAGACUCGGUGAAGCUUCAUCCACAGCCGUGGUUGUUGGGUCGGAGUCAUGUUCCUGAACUUGUUCAGACCUCUAUGUCCUGAUCCAGGUUCUGUGUCUUCCUUCCCGAAGCUCUGCUGAGUUUAAGAAUGUGAUGGAUGGCAUUAGUUAUAAAUCCUGCCUGAUGACUCUUCCAGCCUGCUCCGAUCUCCUCUGUCCUCCCUCCUCGAAUCCUCCAGCAGAACUUUACAGAAGCGGAUCUGACGGAGCUGUAAGGUGGCCUGACUCUAUGCACCGGCCGCGGCUCAAAGCCAUCUUCAAAAACUCCAAAGAGUUAUGUUGGCUCACCUAAUUUACUUUGACCUGCAUAUCUUAAGUAUGCCGUGCCUUGAGAACAUACCAGAGUUUAGGAUAUAUUAUAUUCACAUGUUAGAGCCAGACAAAUUUAAGCAUCACAUCAGUUACCCUCCUGAGAUAAACAUAUACACACACACAUAUAUACAGUUAUGUUCAACUGGAAACUGACGAGCGUCUUACUAUAUUGUAGAAUCUAAGUGGUAUUCUCGAUGUUCUGUGUUUCUUCAACUUUUGGUGCAUUCAUGUCAAAUAGUCACUAGAUCACUUGAAACCUCAUUCUCCCAUGGGUGUCUGACCUCUGAACGUGUGAUAACUGUUAACUAGAUAUACUUGACUUUUUGUUACUUGUCCCAUGAGGGUAAAAAUACUAGACAGUGUGACUAAGUCUGUGUUCUCUCAGUUUUUGGCCUAAACACUCCCACUAUAAAGAUGUUUAUGAAGUCUGCAUAGUAAAAACAACAGUAACUAUAGGAUUAUUUUAAUUGCUGUUAAUAAAUUAAAUAAUUUUUUGAUGAAAUAAUGAAAUUCUACCACCUGGUUUUGAAGGGGAUCCUUCUUUAUGCAGUAGCGCUCAGUUUACAAUUAGGUGUCAGCUAAUUAACAUAAAGGUUGUGUUGGUGAUAAAAUUUAAGGUAAAAUUAAAUUUCAAAAUCAGGUGUAGGCCAGAUGUUAUCAGGGUUACUGUACUUGUUUGUUUGUUUAUUGUUUUGUUUAUGGAGGCAAAUAAGAGACAGAAAUAUCUGAACAUUAACAGACAAUAAAUACUUAAUAUUGAAAUUUAAACACCACUGAACCCACAGCAUUGAAAUACGUUACUUUGAAAAGUAAAGGGGCAAGUUUGCAUGUUCUCCCUGUGUCAGUGUGGGUUUUCUCCAGGUACUCCAGCUUCCUCCCACAGUCCAAAGACAUGCAGGUUAAUUAGUGACUCUAAAUUGUCCGUAGGUGUGAAUGUGAGUGUGUCAGCUCUGUAAUAGUCCAGUGGCCAGUCCAGGGUGUACGGGGGAAAAAAAAAAAGAAUUAAAAUAUGAAUUUUUUUGCAAUUUCAAAAGCUGAAUUUGAAUACAAUGUUGUAAAUGUUCAUAUAAAGGGUUCCCACGGUCAUGGAAAACUCAUGUAAUUUCACAACCAUGUUUUUCAGGCCUGGAAACAUCAUGAAAUUAGUCAAAAUCGUUGAAAGUUUUGGAAAAGUCAGGGAAUUUUGUUGUCUGUGUUAAUAAAAUUAUUACAGUAAUCCUCAAUGGAUAACCUUCCACUAAUGUAACAUAACAGCAAAUUUAUUUUCCAUAGCCGUUGACGUAAUGUCGCUCUAAUACACAUCUGUGUGACAACGUUUUGUUUCCCUAUUAUGUACGUUUCUUCAUUUUCUCCUAGCUGAAAUUGAAAGGGGAAAGAGAGUGGUACGACAUGCAGCAAAGGGCUGUAGGUUGGAAUCAAACCCGCGGCUGCUGGGGCAAGGACAAAGCUUUUCUACAUGGGGUGCCCGAGUGAAAUAUGUUUACUCUUUAAAAAAAAUUUUGCAAUACAAUACAAAACUACAAAGACUGUGAAUACAAAAGUAAAUACAAGUCAGACAGGAAAAGUGGUCUUCUUGAUAAGUUUAAAAUGAUAAGUUUCAAAAAACACAAGUGGGUUGACAUUUACAUUAUGGGUUCCUGGAAAGUCAUGGUAAAGUUUUUAAAUUUUGCCCAUGAAAAUGUGUGGGAAUCUUGAAUAUAUUUGGUUAAAAAAAUUCAAGUUUCAGAAUAAAAAAAAGAAAUAUGUUCAUGACACUCAAAUUCGAUUCAGAUCCAAAAAUUUGAGUUGAAAAACUUUAGAUAGCAGCAUCUCCACCUUCACAGCUCCCCCACACAGGAGAGGCAAUCGAGCCUGAAUGCAGUCAAACUGACUUCUGGUCAAUGAGAGCACGAUCUGUCGGUCAUGUGAUCCAAGAAAGCAGCUUGAAAACUGAAACCCAAAAAUGGCUACCAUUGAGAACUAUCGGACUUGAGUAAGUCCAGUUUUGAAGUUUUGAAACAUGAGAUUGUGGAUCUGAAUUUGUGAACACUAAAUAUAUAUUUAAAUUCAAGGUGAAAUUGCAAAUCAAGAAAUUUCAUAAUUUAAUUCAGAGCAAAUAAAUUCAAGCACAUGGUUUUCAGGAUAAAGUCUUUCAAUGCUACGAAUUUAGUGGUGUUCAAAAUUCAAAAUGAUGUUUUAGUUGUCCUUAAAAUUUAAAUAUUUAUGCCUCUUAUUUGCCUCCAUAUUUGUUUUUGCUUCCCUCACUUAUAAAAUGUGACUGUGCAAAAUGAUUGGCUGAAGUAUUUUAAAAGCUGUUCAGUGUAACGUACUGCCAGGAAAGCUAGCAUAUAGAUACAUCAUUCUUUUUCAUAGGUUGUUUAUUGUUUCCUUCUGAGUUUACUUGGGAACACCUGCAUCAUGUUAGACAUUUAGUACGUGACUGUCAGAACAAUUUAUUAUACCUCACAUGGCCACUGAAGGCAUGCAAUAAUGGAGUCUUAAUGCAAACAUACAACAACAAGAUGUAUGGCGUUUUGUUUAGCAGAAUUAAUUCUUUGCACUAGUACGAAGUGGCGGGCGCGCCUGCAGAGGUGAAUGUAACCUUCACUCCGAACCCCCCCUUUAUUUUUAGCAAGUACAAUCUAUCCAUCUUUUCUCACUUGACUGUUUGUGUCUCAUGUUUUUAACACCUGUAACUGUCGACAAGUUUCAUUUACUUGUAGUUUGUCAUUAAAAUAUGUACAGAGAGUAGCACUUGGCUUUAUUGUGGUGCAGCAGGUUAUUGUGGAUAUUUGUCAGUGUUGGAAGAACUUAAAAUUUGUCCUGAAAUUAUCAGUUGAAUAGUCAGUUAUUGAUCGACUUACAUUUAUCAGCAAUGAUUUUUAAAAUUGUCUGUCAGAUAUUUGAUGGUUUCAGUGUCUUAAACUAAUUGUUUCUGUUGUUGUGUUAUUGCGAAGUGACUAUUGGUCAAACACGACAUUUCAAGAUGUCCUCCUGUGCUAAUGGGUACUAUACUUAUACUAAUAGGUAUAUAUUUAACUAUGUUCUGGAGAUUUAUUUCUUUUGACCAAAGAAUUAUGAAAAAUAGUCAGUAGAUUAUCUGGUAAUAAUAACCGCUAGUUGCUACCUUACUUAAAAUAGUAUGUCGGAAUUGGAUAGAGGAAUCUACAUGUCGAAUGUUGAAUAAAUUUAAGAGAAUAGUUCACCCACAUGACCAUUUGUAUAUCAGUUACUCACCGUGUGUUACGUUGAAUUCGUGAAGAAAACUUUGUUUUACUUGCAUGCCUUUUAUGAUGAACAGAGAAUCUAGAAACACAAUCAUUCUUUAUGAACUGAGGUAAAAGGAAGGCUGUGUUAAACAACAGUAAAACUAUGUCAAAACACCAGUUCAGUCAGGAACACUAGUCAAAGAAAACUUUAUUUCCAUUUGCAGUGUUAUAUUUGGUGGUAUGGCUCUGUUCUGGGACCUCUGCUUUUCCUAGGCCUAUGCAGAAAGCAGAGAGAGCACACCUUCCUGCCCUUCCACGCGCCUAAAUGGAAAGCCUAAGGCAGGGAGAGCAGCAUCAAUGACAAACAGAAAUGACAUUGAUAAGUCAGACACAACAUGAAAAGGAGGAGCUGUGGUGGAGGCGGGUUGCAAAGCAGCUUGCAGAGGAAGCAGCAACAGUAGGCAGGCCAGAGCAGUUUAAAUAGGGCGCCCUGAAUGAGAUUCACCACUUGGUUACAUAGAAGGGAAUAAUGUGAUCUUUCAGCUGCUCUAUCAGUUGAUUGGACUGUUUGAGAUCAGCUGAUGUAGCUGGGAUGUGAGCUGAGCUUGACAUCAUCUCCUGCCUAAACUGCCUUUGAUAUUUUGAGCUGUCAGUCUCAGUAUUUAUACAGUGUAAGCAGAUUUCCCAUCCUGUUCCAAAUCACAUUCACAUCCAACAAGCAUUUAAAAGAGUAUCUCUGAUAUAUAUUUUAGUUGCCUGGGUCCAGACUAUAUUAGGCAAAUAUUUUAAUAUUGUUUCAAUAAAAUAUGUUGAGGGUAACAUUGUAGAAACACACGAGAAUACACUGUUUAUUUUACCAAACCCAAAGAGUAAAGUUACUUUUCAAAAUAAACUCUUUUAUGGCAACUAAAUAUUCUGGAAAUCUUGGCAGACAAAGUUUGGUCAGACUCUGUUAAAUUCCUCAUUACAAAUAAAAUAAAAGAAGUUCACUUGAAGGUUUUACAUGGAUACUAACCCUGCAAUGUAUUAUUACAUCAAUUUAAAGAGGAUAUUUCUCCAACAUGUUCUUUUUGUAAAACCAACCACAACUGUACCACCUGCGCUGUCUAUAUUUCCAUCCCUAGUUGAACUGCAAUAUCUCUGACUCUAACUCAGCUCAACUCAAAUGUAUAAUUCAGGGAAAACCACAUCAGGGAGACACAAACGCUGAUGAAUAAAAGUAGAAUUUGACCCUGGGGCAGAUCUGAUUGGGAGGGGG